UUAGAGGCGACUUGUCGUAUUACCGCCCUCCACAACUAUUGAGGUUACAACAUAUUUGAGAGUUCAACUGCUUUCGAUAUUGUUUCUUUUCAUCGUUUGUGGGGAAAUAUUUGUAUACAAAACAUAUAUGUAUUUAACGUAUGUAGUUAUUACGCUCCAGCUCUUUUUUUCCCAGUUAAAUUAGUUUCUAAAAUAUUUUAACAUUUCCCUUUCGCGUCUUAAGGGACUGUGGAUGUUACGUCCUGUGCGGAAGUGACGUCUUUAUUUUGUCAGUACGUCACAGGUUUCUAUCCAAUACGGCGGUGAUGGGGAAAUUUGAAAUGUGCGAGCUAGCGAGCUAGCGAGCUAACAAACGCCUCGAAUGUAGAGCGAUCGUUUUUCUUUUUCAUAGAAACCAUGGCGUCGUAUCAUACAUUACUACAUCGUACAACACCGCCCUUUGAAUCGCCUGCCAAGGUGUUCGCUAAGCUCAAGUUGAAAGUGCAGAGGAAGGGAAUUUGCGCGGAUUCUCCUUUGACAGGCAAUGACUCGCUGUGUAACGUUAGAGACAAACAUGGAGCUGCUGUUUUGUCACCGAGGAAGAGAGCAGAGAACACUUGGAUGACCGAGGAGCUCACGGGGAAUCAGAGGUCUGCUACCUAUCACAAUGAAGCGCAGGCCUGGACUCUCUCGCCUAUAUCGAGUCCUCAGAAAAUCUUUGGGUAUUCAGACAUCAUCAGCAAGCAUGUGGAGGAAAUGCCUCCAGUGAUAGAGAGAGGACAUGGACGAACACCAAGAAAGAGAGCGUUCCUGGAGUCGACAGCUGUGGCCCACCCCUCUUCUCAGGUCAACAGAAAGCAGAUCCGCACAGAGUCGCCUCAGAUCAGAGACUCGAGUGGCUUCAAGGUAAUCAGCAGGACUCCAGUAAAGGUGCAGCCAGUGGAAGAGGACUUUGAAAGCAGUGUGUUUAUGGAGGGGUGUGCUCCUCUGAUGUCUUCAGCCUUCAUGUUCUCCCCCAUGAGGACGAGGUUAAAGAGACAAUGUGAGCAGCAGGAGUUUAAUAAAGUCACCAGCAGUACAAAGGAGGUCUGCAAUGGAUCCAGAAGGAAACCCUCCAGGGCGUUCAGUGGGGAUACCAGCACUUGCGUUGAGGGUUUGGGUCAUGUUAGAGGAUUAUCUGCUGACCCAUCAGAGGUGAACCAAUUCACCCAUAACCCUGUGUUCCCAACACUAAGAGCCCCUGCAAUUAAACAUUGCUAUGUUCCUGUGGAAAAAUGUCCUCUAAUGUCUCCAUCCAAGAUGUUUUCUUACAUGAAGAAGAGGGAAAGUAAAACAAAGCAGCCGGAAGUUCAUAAAGUCAGCAGCAGCACACGAGAUCUCUUUAAUACAAGUAAUUACCAUCAGUCCGGAGACACAUCGCCUCCCUCCACAGUUCACAACAUGGGAGAGAUGGACAACGUUGCUUUUCCAGAAAGGUUGGCUCCUGUCAACCGGUCCAGAGUAGAAUCAGCUGACAGCCUAUCAGACACAGAGCCCUCUGAGGAUGUCCUGAGCCUGGUCGUGUCCCCACAACCGGUUUUGUUUGAAGACUCUCUUUUACUCAAUACGCCACGGAUCUCCAUACCAAAGAAGCAAGAGGCUGUGUUCAAGCGAAAUAAAUGGCCCCAGAGCACAAAAUUUCCAAGUGAGAGUGUGAUUUAUCUCAAAAAGUGGUUCCUGAGGAAGAAUCACAAAGGCCUGUUUGUUGAUGGAAUCCACCAGGACAAAAAUAUACCGUGGAACAGUAACAUCGUUGUGGACAGAGUUUCUAAUAAUGUUGUGAAGACUGUCACCGGCAAGGUUUACAUCUUGGUUGACAAGAUGAAGAUGAGCCUUGACUCUGGGUUACCCAAGUGGCUUUUGAAGAAGUUUGUCAAUGGGUUUCCUCCAGACUGGGAGGCCCUUUAUGAGAGAUUUCUGUCACAGUCAAGAGACGACCCCAAAAGAGAAACGGAGAGGAACAGUGAGGGGAGGGUCGUCAUGGUGAAGACACAAUCCGAGACACCCUCCAUCAUCCGCACUGUGAAGCGGCACAGGAAAACCCCUGAUUCCUUUAUUUCUGCCUCCUUGUCUCGUCCAAUUGUGUCCCGAAGUGGUCGAGUGAUCAAGCCACCUCUGGAAUAUUGGAAAGGAGGAAGAGUCAUUCUGGAUGCACACAUGAAUGUCACCAUCCAUGAAUGUUAUGAUACCUCCAGCUGCAUCCCUGUCUCUACAAGAGCAUCACAGAAACCUGCGCGUGUGCUCCUGCCCUGCAGUGAAGGCCGUCAGCAAUGUGAAUCAGCCAGCGACAAAGAAGCAUCAGUACCACUGAGGAGGGUCAAGGCUCCACUCCGCAAAUGCAACAGUGCCACAAUUAAGCCUAAAAAGAAGCCCUCUUAUUCACCUGUACCUCUUGUGGAGCCGCUUGGCAGCCCUGAGGAGUUGUCUGGCAGAGAAACGAGGUCCAGCCGAAGGCGUCCAACAACGGAGAAAACAUUGCAUGUGGCUACCGUCCCUCCAAAGCAAAGGAUACCUGUAAAGUCUUCGACACGGAGGUCCAAAAAACCGACGCAUGACAUCACAAGUCCUCCAGUGAGCGUCUUGGGUAGCCAGCGGGCUUUCCCAGCACCCCCAGAAUCUGUUCAUGAUUAUAACACAUCCACGUCAUCUGAUGACGAGGUCAUUGGGAGAAAGAAGUCGGGGAAAGAAGUGCACAGAAAGAGAAGCAGGAAAGUUCUUAACAAGCCACGUUACGUAUUUCCAUCAAGUGAGUCAUCAGGGUCCUCUGAGAUCGAGAAGGAACUGGGGAAAAGAACCAGAGUAACGACAAAACAUAAACGGAGUAAUCGCACCAAGUCAUCAUCACCCACAAAGCCUUUGCCUAAGUUGACACAGUCCAGCAAGAACAACCCCAACGCAAACAAAGGCAACGCAGCGAUUCCACAAGAGCAAGAUGCUCAUGAGUGGACAGAGGCGGAGCUUAUGAAGCUACAAGAGGCUGUGUCCUACUAUCCUAAGCACAUGGCAGGUUACUGGGCAAAGGUGGCGAGGAUGGUUGGAACACGUUCUACAGAAGAGUGCCACUUCCAGCACACAUCCCAGAGAGCCUGCCAGACUCCUGCUAAGCGAGCGAAGAACCCCAAAAAGGAGAAGAUGGAAGCACCAAAAGAUCCAGCUCACCAGGUGAUAUCUGCUCGAGUGGGAACCUUAAAGAGAAAGCAGCAGAUGCGUCAGUUCCUGGAGGCCAUGCCCCGAGAAGAUGUUGAGGACGGCUUCAGCUCUGCGUACAUGCAGAGUAAACGCUUUGAGAUGCCCUCCUUGUGUCCGAGUGACCAUGACUUCACAUUGUCAGAAAUGGAGCCACUGACACCCACGUCGACAGGUUUCCCCGAAGUGAAGACUCCUCAGUGUCUGCAUAUCACUCCUGGCAUGAUGGGUUCUCCAAACAGGACCAACAAUGACAAGUACGUCUAUCAACUCCAGAAGAGGAUGAGAAAAAAUCAGUUUAAUGUCUGCAAACAGGCUCCUUCUUCAAAGAGCUUCACACCCACGCCCUCCAUGAAACGAGCAAUGAGAAGAUGUGGUAACACAGAAAAUGACACCUUUGUCGUUUGGGAGAUGUUCCCUGGAAACGAUGUUGCGCUGUCUGAAAGCGGAGAGGAAGAGGAUUUUUACUUCUCAGACAACGACUGAUUAGAGCUGACAUUACUAUUAAUAGUAACAACUGACAAGAGUCCGUUGUAUCAGUUGUUGGGAACCAAACAAUAGUGGAGAUCAGAAAUGUAAUUCUCCUCAACCUUCUUAAUCUAAGUUGUACUGCUGUGUUUCCUGAAACUCCCUCUGACAACAUACAUGGCACCUCCAAACGUUCCCUUUAUUUUAGUGUAAAGUCGUAAAUAGUAUAAAUACAUACUGAAAACGUUCACAAUAAAUGAAUACAUUAAAAAAAAAAAAAGUCUAGCAACUUCUAUUUUCUGCCAUGAGUGAUAAUGGAAUACAAUAUAACUUUUUUUAAAUGACAUUAUACAAUUACUUCUUUAUGACACUUUUUAUGACUAUACUAUUACUUAAAAAAAAUAAUUUAUGGCAUAAUGUACUGUGACCUUUUAUGAGAUGUUCCUGAUGUACUAUACAAUUGCUUUUUUAUUGUUGUUGCUUACUUCCCUAUGAUCUUUUAAAAAUGUUUAUGACAAACUUAGCCACGACUUUUUUAUGACAUGCUACUAUAAAUUCUUCAUGACAUAUUUAUGAUAUGCUGUAACACUGUACCAUUGCUUAUUUGUAUGGCUUAUGACAUGCUAUACUUUACUUUUUAUAUUACUUUUUCACGAGACUAUUUAUGUUUUCAUGAAUCGUUAUAUUAAGUUUGACAUUUUUACCGACAUGCUGUGUGACCCUUUAAAGCAUACCAUACUAUGA